AUGGACACUAGCAAGACACACGUUCUGAUUCUGGGUGCAACCGGAUACAUCGGGGGCGCAAUUCUUGCCGAGUUACUGCGAUCUCCUGAGGCUUCCAAACUGAGCAUUUCCGCAUUGAUCCGUCGUCCAGAACAGGCGGCCAAGCUCGAGUCUCUGGGAGUGAAGCCACUGCUUUUCCAUGGCUUGGAUGACCUAGAGACUUCCAGAAAUGCAGCUUCUCAACACGAUGUUGUGAUCAACGCCGCAUCUGCGUCCCAUGACGGUGUUGCUAAGGCGCUGAUCGAGGGAUUAGCUCUUAGACAGAAGGCCACGGGCAAGGAGUCUUAUAUGAUUCAUACUUCUGGCACAUCAAUUCUGGGUGACCAUCCCUACACUGCCACGCCACGGGACCAGGAGAUAUGGUCUGAUGAGAAAGACAACAUAUUUGAAAUGGAGAAGAAGAACCCUGAGCGCUACGGACAACGCGUCACCGAUGUUACGGUUGUUGAGACGGGGAUCAGCCUUGGUGUCAAAACGUAUAUUGUCGUUCCUCCUACCAUCUACGGAAAAGGCGACGGUCCAUUUGCGACUUUGAGUCAACAGGUGCCUAACCUUGCACGGUUAGCCAGGAAGCUCGGAGUUGCUGCUGUGAUUGAAAGUGGCAAGGGCAUUUGGAAUCAUGUUCAUAUUGCCGAUCUUUCGACUUUCUAUGGUCUCCUCUUCCGUGCUGUUCUUGAGCAAAAGCCAUGGCUUCCCUCCGGCCCAGAGGCUGUGUUCUUUGUUGAAAGUGGUGAACAUACAUGGCUCCAGGUCAGCCAGGGUAUUGCAGAUGCCAUGCACAAGAAAGGUCUACUAGCGACGAAUGAAGUCAAGUCAGUCAGCAUCAAAGAAGCAGCUGCGGAAAUUACUGGAGGCAACGAGAGUCUUGCAGAGAUCGCCCUCGCAUCAAAUUCGAGAGCUCGGGCUGAUUUUGCUCGGAACCGACUUGGUUGGAAUACGCCCCGGGGAUUGGAGGACUUUUUGAACCACUUCGAUGCCGAAGUAGCAGCUAUGCUUGGAGAGCUGAGGGGUUAA